GGCUUAAAGGCGACGCGUGGCGCGAUGGCGGCGGCCCCACGCGCGUGCAGGCGGCGCUGGCGGCCGCUCCCGGUGCUGCUGCUGCUGCUGCUGCUGCUGGCGCUACCGCCCCCGGGGGGCCCGCCGGGCGCCGCCGCCUACUUCCCGGAGGAGCGCUGGAGCCCCGAGUCGCCGCUGCAGGCGCCCCGAGUCCUCAUCGCGCUGGUGGCGCGCAACGCGGCCCACGCGCUGCCCGCCACGCUGGGCGCGCUCGAGCGGCUGCGGCACCCGCGGGAGCGCACGGCGCUGUGGGUAGCCACAGACCACAACUCAGACAACACAUCGGCUGUGCUGCGGGAAUGGCUGGUGGCUGUAAAGAGUUUGUACCACUCCGUGGAGUGGCGGCCAGCAGAAGAGCCCAGGUCCUACCCGGAUGAGGAGGGCCCCAAACACUGGUCUGACUCGCGCUAUGAGCACGUCAUGAAGUUGCGCCAGGCGGCCUUGAAAUCUGCCCGGGACAUGUGGGCCGAUUACAUCCUGUUUGUGGAUGCAGACAACCUGGUCCUCAACCCGAACAUGCUAAGUCUCCUCAUCGCUGAGAAUAAGACGGUGGUGGCUCCCAUGCUGGAUUCGCGGGCCGCAUACUCCAACUUUUGGUGCGGGAUGACUUCCCAGGGCUACUACAAGCGCACGCCUGCCUACAUCCCCAUUCGCAAGCGGGACCGCCGCGGCUGCUUUGCCGUUCCCAUGGUGCACUCAACCUUCCUGAUCGACCUGCGGAAGGCGGCAUCCAGGAACUUGGCGUUCUACCCACCUCACCCUGACUACACGUGGUCCUUCGACGACAUCAUUGUUUUUGCCUUCUCCUGCAAGCAAGCAGAGGUCCAGAUGUACGUCUGCAACAAGGAGGCGUAUGGCUUCCUGCCUGUGCCGCUGAGGGCGCACAGCUCCCUGCAGGAUGAGGCCGAGAGCUUCCUGCACGUGCAGCUGGAGGUCAUGGUGAAGCACCCACCAGCGGAGCCCUCCAGGUUCAUCUCAGUGCCCCCCAAGACGCCUGACAAGAUGGGCUUCGACGAGGUCUUCAUGAUCAACCUGAAGCGGCGGCAGGACCGGCGGGAGCGCAUGCUGCGGGCCCUGCAGGCGCAGGAGAUCGAGUGCCGGCUGGUGGAGGCCGUGGACGGCAAAGCCAUGAACACCAGCCAGGUGGAGGCGCUGGGCAUCCAGAUGCUGCCCGGCUACCGGGACCCCUACCACGGGCGGCCCCUCACCAAGGGCGAGCUGGGCUGCUUCCUCAGCCACUAUAACAUCUGGAAGGAGGUUGUGGACCGUGGGCUGCAGAAGUCGCUUGUCUUCGAGGACGACCUGCGCUUUGAGAUCUUCUUUAAGAGACGCCUGCUGAACCUCAUGCGGGACGUGGAGCGGGAGAGUCUGGACUGGGACCUCAUCUAUGUGGGCCGGAAGCGGAUGCAGGUGGAGCACCCGGAGAAGGCAGUGCCGCGCGUGAGGAACCUGGUGGAGGCCGAUUACUCCUACUGGACGCUGGCCUACGUGAUCUCCCUGCAGGGCGCCCGCAAGCUGCUGGCUGCCCAGCCGCUCUCCAAGAUGCUGCCUGUGGACGAGUUCCUGCCCGUCAUGUUUGACAAGCACCCAGUGUCCGAGUACAAGGCCCACUUCUCGCCCCGCAACCUGCGCGCCUUCUCCGUGGAGCCCCUGCUCGUCUACCCCACGCACUACACGGGGGACGAUGGGUACGUGAGCGACACGGAGACGUCAGUCGUGUGGAACAACGAGCACGUGAAGACCGACUGGGACCGCGCCAAGUCCCAGAAGAUGCGGGAGCAGCAGGCCCUGAGCCGCGAGGCCGAGAACUCGGACGUCCUGCAGUCGCCCCUGGACAGAGCGGCGCGCGACGAGCUCUGAGCGCCGGCGGCCAAACACCGAAGCUGGCCUCGUGGGCCCGGCACCACCCCGCAACCCCCCCCCGCGGACCCC